AUGAAUAGAGCGGUUGAACUCAUAAAUAAGAAUAUCAAGAGGAUCUUGAGGAAGAUAGUGGACGGUAAUAGGGAAUGGCAUGAGAAGUGUCCAUAUGCUUUACUUGGAUAUAGCACCACAAUCAGAACUUCUACUGGGGAAACUCCCUACAUGUUAGUUUAUGGGUCGGAAGCAGUGAUACCUGCAAAAGUUGAGAUUCCUUUAUUAAGAAUCAUCCAGGAGGUUGGUCAAGAUGAUGUUGAAUGGAUUCGUAGCAGAAUCGAGCAGUUGAUGCUCAGUGACGAGAAGAGAUUAGAUAUAGUCUGUCAUGGUCAACUCUAUCAAAAUAGAAUGAUCAAGGAAUUCAACAAGAAAGUCAAGCCUACUCGAUUCACACUGGUACAAUUAGUAUUGAAGAAGAUAUUCCCUCACCAAGAUGAAGCCAAAGGGAAAUUUGCGCCGAACUAG